GGUUAAUGUACAACGAGAAAGUUAGGCAUGGUUCAACGUUUUUGGAUCUUUCUACUGGUACCAAGAUAUUUGCCCUUGUGACCUUGGCCAUCUUGUUUAUAUAUACUAUUACACCAGACACCAUAUCAACAAUACCUCCACUCACUUCAGAUUUUGAUGUUCUAGUGAGUAUGAAGCGAGUGUUUAUCGGAGGUCUGUUUCCGGAGGUGACAGAGGGGGAAAUCCGAGACAGAUUUGGGCGAUUUGGAGAAGUGGAAGAUGUAGAAAUAAAAAGGAAAAAGACCGAUGGAGAGUCUUUGGACAAGACAUUUGCAUAUGUUAAUUUGAACAUCAGCGAGGAAAGUUUGUCGAAAUGUUUCAGCGUAUACAACAAAACAAAGUGGAAAGGUUCUCAGCUGAAACUGCAGCUGGCUAAAGAAGACUUUCUGAAAAGAUUGAUCAAAGAACGUGAGAAUGGUUUUGCUGUGGAAUCAAAAGUGAAACCAAAGAAAGGCAUGCAUCAUGAUCCACUGCAAAAUGAGUUGGGGAUCCAGGAUUUUGAGAUGCGAGGAGCAGUGCCUGGGACUUCCAUACAAGGAGAGGACUGGGUGGUGGGAAAGUACGGCAGAGUGUUACCGGUCGUCCACAUCACCAACAAACACAGCAAGAAAAUCAUGACUGUGGACCCUUCCAAAUUCUGUCACAAUUUAACGAAAGUGAAAGAAGACUCAGGGGUCAGUGUUGGGGGUACCACAGAGGAACUGACAUGGGAACUAGCGGAGGAAAAUCCUGAAAAGGUGAAGAGGCGAACAGGAGAUGUCCGCUCUACCUCCAAAUUUGUCCGCAGGAAACGUGGUCAUAUCACUGAUUCUACUCUGGACACCAGCAAGAAGGUGAACCACAAGGAAAGAGAGGAAGACGAUUUUGAAGUGGUUUCUGUGAAAGAAAGUGUUGCUCAAUGCAAGGCAAGACUUGGAGCAGGUGCUGAGAGUGACUCAGAUUCAGAUUAUGAAUCAAUAAAACAUUCCUACACGAAAACAAAGACCAGAAUUCCUGCUAGUGCUUCAGAAUCAUUGUCAGUAGAAAACGAAUGUGAGAAAGAGUCAGAGAGAUCUAAACCAGAUACUGCUGGUGGUUUAUCUAGCAAGACGUGCAACAUAUCUAAUGAUAGUCAAGUUUCGAAGGAGACGUCAGAUGGAUCCUCAAAUACGAACAUCAAGGUGAACGGUGUUGUAAAUUUCAUAGAGGACAAGUCAGACAGUGAGUCAGUGUCGUCUGCAGACACCGAUAUUAUUGUCGCUAAGCAACAUAAUAGGGAUUCGGGGAGAACUUUUGAUAAAAUUUCCUAUGUCUCUGCUACACAGGGAGUGAAUGAGUAUUCAGAUGGGAUAACAUUGCAAGAAUGUCGAAAAGAGUCAAAUGAUUUUCAGUAUGAGAGUGAUGAUAGCUUGACAGCUGUAGGAUAUGCGAGACUGGCAAAGAGAAUUGAAAUGGAAUACCAGAAAAAUAACAAAAUAGACUCGUUAAAAUCAACAGAAGACCAAGAUGUGAGACCCAUCAAAGAAAAGACCUCAGAUUCACAGAAACAAAAAACCGUGAGACCCAUCAAAGAAAAGACCUCAGAUUCACAGAAACAAAGGUUUAAUGCGAAAGACUCCAAAAUGAAAAUUGAGUUGAAACAAGACUCUGUUAUGGAUGCUGUGUCUGUUGAUAUUACUGAUGGCGAUUCAGAUAGAGAGUCGGACAGUUCUGUGGAUGCUGUGCCUGAUGAUAUUACUGAUGACGAUUUAGAGAAAGAGUCGGACAGUUCAGUGGUUUCUGUAUCAGGGAGCAGCUCUUGUGAGGAGAGUCCUUACAAAUUUGAUGCUGUGAACAAAAGUGUUCUAAACCAAUCUAGUCGUACAGCAUCAUUUGAAAACACCUCACAAAAAUCAAAGCCUAAAUGUGUUAUUCCUCCAUUUAGAGGUACUUCCACAUUGUAUAGAUCAGAUGAUGGGAAGGAAUCGCAGAAGAAGUGCAUCAACACUGAAAACGUUGAAGAGUCACGAACCGAAAAUUGUUCACCUGCUUCUCCCGUUAAAGGAACUGCCAUUCUGAAUAUUCCAAGUAAAAACAGCAAAACAGCCAAGAAAGGGGAAGUGCAGACUACCCAAGAUUGUAAAUUAACGAAUAAGCAAGGGCAGGAUACCGCAGGUUGUGAAAUAUCUGAAAACCGCCAAAACCCAGCGAAGGAUAAUGUGAAUCUUCCGUUAGGAAGAGAUUUACAAAAGACGGGAGCGAUUAAGAUUGCCGAUAAAGAUAAAAAGCAGAGGAGCUUGGACUCAGACAAAAGAAGGUUGGAGUCCAUUAUGGAGAGAAGUAAGGAGACUGAGAUGAGAAAGAAGGCCAUCAAGCAAGCGCUGUCUCUGGAUUCAAAAGCACAGAAACCCAACAAAAGGAUAGUGUUUGACAACAGUGACACAGAAGAUGAACAGAAAGAUGAAAAUGAAGAUGAAAUUCAGACAAAAGAUAAAGUUCAGCUACAGAGAGAGAAGGGACCGGCCUUGUUUGAUAGCUCUUCAGAAGACGAGGAAGAUCGGGACAGAGAUGAGGAGAGAUUCAGAGUUCGACCAGAGUUUGAAGGGAAAGCAGGCAAAAAGUUGAUGAAGCUACAGUCCAGGUUUAAAAAUGACGAGCGAUUCAAAAUGGAUGAGAAAUUUAUUGAUGCAUCUGGAUCUGAAGAUGAUGGUUCAUCAGACGAAGAAAAUCGUGGUUUCAAACUUUCAGAUGAGAUUGAUGACGAAAAAUCCCGGGCAUUAAAAAUCUUGGGAGAAGUGGUGGGACCGAAGGCUCUAAAGAAAGUUCAGAAAAAGAAAACCAUAUUCAAGGAUGUAUCUGCCAUUCAUUUUGACCCAACAAGAGAAGACCACAAACAGUUUGAAAUGGAACCACAGAAAAAGAAAAAGAAAACCACAGCUGAAACAAAAAAAGUUAUUGAUUUCUCAGAAGAGGAGGAACCAGCAGAGGAGGUUCCUGAGGUUACCAAGGAGAAGUUCUAUCAGGUGUCCUUGGAUUCCUUUAAAGAUGUAUUCUCCGACAAAACGUCUGACAGGACUGAUACACAGUUCUCUCUCCUUAAUGCGUUUGGGAGACAACAGGAGAGUAGGGACAGUGAUGAGGAUAUGUCUGAACCUGAACAGUUAGAAACCAGUGUUUCUCAGAAAGGGUCAUUUCUGAUGAAACAGGAUGAUGGUAGCAGCAAUGAGAACAUGUCAUCAGAUGAAGAAGCACAGAUAAAUAUGCCAGUCAAUCUCUUUACAAUCAGUCAAAGCACCUUCUUCUUCACUGAGGAUGAUGAGAGAGUAAAAGAAGGGAUUCAUGAGUUCUACAGGAAGGAAGAUUUGGAAACAAUUCGAGAAAAAUGGCUCGAGAAUAGACAGAGUCUUGUAAAUGCAUACAGGGCAAAACACAAAAGUAUGUCAAGAAAAAAGAAGAUAGCAGAAAAAAGGAAGAGGACAAAAUGAACUUUGGAGCUGUUUGGUUUUUAAUGUUGUUAUGGCACCAAUGAUAUCUAGUAACUGUUGAUAAACAUCACACCUUUAGAUUCACUGUAACAGGUGUACAGUAAUUAUAUACCAGUUCACUGUAAAUAAAUUCAUGGACAACAAG